AUGGCUGAGGCUGGGGGCACAAGUAGAGGUAACAGCGGCGGUAUGACCACCGCGGUUGCAGGAGGAGUGCGUGUCCCGCAGGAACCCUCUCUAAAGACAGGGGUGGUGCUGUCAGAUGAAAGAGUUGACUUCCUUAGAGAGCAGGCUUUCUGUGUGCUACGAGUGAAGACGGAUAAGUGGAACCGCUUUAUUGCAGCAGAGGAGAAUCAAAAGAUUAUACUGGAUUUUCUGGACGACAUCUGGAUGAACAGGCUGCUACUUUUUACUGGACCUGGUGGAACAUUGCAUGCUGGGGAUGCUCAAGUGCUGGUGUGCGUGCUAUCCAAUGGGCUUAACCAUGAGGACUGGCCGCGGGUGGUUUCUGAUGACAUCCAUCACCACCUGGAAAGACUCGGGAGCAAAGUGGUGACUCUGAGAGGCCAUGCAGAGGGAAGAACUCUGCUGCCUCUUCCACUAUGCGUGGAGAGAGCACAACCCCAAGAUAUUAGCUUUAGUCCGACUGGAUGGCCACUGGAUCACGGCUUGUUAUACUCUAUUGAAACCUUGAUCAUUCAGUGGUCUGGCCAGAUCUGGAAUGUGCUUAAGAAAGACUCUGGCAUGCUUCUGCUUCAGGGAGACCACCCAGGCCCCAACGCGGAGCUCCAGUUUUGGGCAACUCGGAGGGAAAACCUGCUGGGCAUCCAGUCACAGAUCCAGAGCUCCAAAGUGGAGCAAAUCAUGGAGAUCCUGAGAAGAGUGAAGAGCAGUUACUACUCCGCCUUUAAAGACGUCUGUGUCAAAGUCGAUAAGGGUGCAUAACUUUUAUUCUAGGGUUGCAACUUAUCCAUGUCUUGCAAAAAGUAUUUAUACCUUUUAAACCUUUAUAAAACUGUGUCACUUUAGAACACAUGACAUCCAAAUAUGACAUGUAAAGGUUUGUGGUUAAAAUGGGGAAAAGAUCUGGGGGCUUAAUUGCUUUUGCAGAAGGCACUGUCAUUUUACUAAAGCAACAACAAUAAUUUAUUUACUUAAAAUUUAUACACUACUACUGCAGCUGUGCUUGAAGCAGAAGACAUAGAUCUGUACCUGCGACC